AUGGCGUGCGGGUCGCUGCUUAGUGAAGAGGAUCUGUGUCGUUUCCGCACUAAGAAGUGCCGGAGGCUCGUCAGUGGCGCAUGCGAAUUUGGAAUCACGCGCUGUCAAUAUUCUCACAACCAGUACUGGAGCCGCAGAUGCCCCAUUUAUCUUUCGGACAGAUCAUUCAUACGAUAUAUCCACGUCCUCUGUCCACACGUUACCACUAAGCAAGCCGAUCCGACAGAGCGUCCAACCCAUGGAGGCGGCUGCGGCAGGCCGCGUUGCAUUCGACGCCAGGCAGGAGGUGGUGCUUCGGGGCAGCAAAUCCCGCAUACAAAGGGCAAUGGGCGGCGGCGGGGAGGAAGUGGGUCAGGAAAGGGAGGAGGAGAUGCAUGUUGUUGUUUCAAUGAAUGGAAGGAGGAAAUAAUUGUAAAUACGUGUCCUCGCGGAGGAGAAUGCCCGUUUGCCCAUUCUACAGAGGAGAUCCUGUAUCACCCACUGUUCUACAAGAUGAUCAUCUGCGAGAAGUACCGAGAAGAUGUGUGCGACACGUACUACUGCCCAUACAUCCAUGGCCUUGCUGAGGCAAGACAACCGAAACAGUAUAAACUACCGUUCACGACGGGCAUCGACAUUCCUCCGCUGCCUUGCGUUACAAUCGUGGCGAGGAUCGAGAAAAAGAAGGCGCCAUUAUCCGGCGUGACCUUGGAAGACGCAACGACUACAGCAGUUGGCCACAAUGCGGCGGUCUCCGGUGACAAUGCAGGUUCAUUGUUGCGUCAGGCGGUUGCUGCAGCGCAGCGACAGCACCGUGAGCUGCAACAACGCGGCUUGCAGAUUUGCCGAUCCCUCACGAAUAAUGGUGAAAGCGAUUUGCCGGAAGUGUCACGGAAGUUAGGAGAGCCGGCUGCUCACAGUGUAAGCAACUUGGUUGGAAGUAACCCACAGCAUGAGGUGCGAGCACGUCCCGACUGCUCGGGCGAAGCAGGAGCCUCUGAGGAUGAUAACGCCUUUGCAUGUAAGGCACUGUUCGAUGCGUUGCGGACUCUGGAAGGAGAUAAGCCUUCCUGCAACCUGAGCAUGACAGGUGGAAACCGAAGGUCGAAGACAAGGGAGAGCGGGCUGGAGGCUGUAACCGCACGGCUAACAGGCUCUCAGCAUCGUUCCUUCUCGGGUAGCAGGUGGACAAGUCUUCGCCCAGCGUUGGCGUCUCAGUUUGAUAACACACCCAUUCGUGGGCGCGAGAGACAGGCUCAAGAACUGACACCUCCGAGAGGGGCUCCGCGCCUGAUGCUUGGUGGGAUUGCUCCCGAGGCGGCCGCUUCUUUGGCUUCGCGCAUGUCUCCAGUGCAGCUACUGACUGCUGCUUUCGAGUUGUGUGGGCAUGACACUCGAAAAGAUACUAGAGGGUUCUCCCUCGAUAAUUUCGACGGCGUGCAGGAGGGUAGAACAGUUCAGCCUGAUGUAAAACCAAUGGGACGAUUAACGGAGGUCCACUGUGGCGAAGUAGAUAGAGACGUGACAGAAAGGCAGAUUGACUGUGAUGUGGAACAGGCUGGAGUGCCGGUAGAAGAGAGCGUGGCAGACAACGACCAGAUGAUGUCCGCACAGCUCCUGUUGCACUUCGGUCCGCAGUCCUCGUCGCGCAGUGAAAGGGCACUGGAUCCCACGCCGGUCAUGCCGCCGACCUCAGCGAUUCCCCCUGAAGGCCAGGUGGUGUCCGAAAGCGAGUGCCCUCAAGGUACCGCUCACGCGCCGCCAUCAGAGGUAGCUUCAGGGUCGCCGGCAGAGGAGGGCGGCGUGGCAGGCGGUAUCCCGUUUGCUUCUUUGGAAUCAUCUACUGCCUCGUCUCCUCUUUCGUCUCCAUCGUCACCAUCUCAGGAUUUUCAGUCUGGUGACCUGGUUGCAUUCACAACACAGAGUGACACAAGCCGAGACCAGCCCUGUUGCAUGAGCGCCACAACACGCUCCCCAAGCGAAUCGGGAGCAGAGCCGGAAUUACCCAGCCCCGACCGUAGCUCACACCAUAGUGUGUCAAGCGCUGGAAAUGGACGCACAGGCGACGGAGAAGUAACGGAUGUGGUGGGAGCCGACGUUUCUGUGAGAGGGGUAACAGAAAGUGGCGCGGUUGUGAGCGUGAUCAUGGAGCCUGUGAUCGACGAGGAACUGAAAAAUGAUGGAGAGAGAAGAGAUACCCCGAAAGAGGAAAUACGGGAGACAGUAGCAGUUGGAAAGACACGAAACCGUGAAUGGAAGCUUUUAUCCAGAGGCUGCAUACCACAGCCGUCAGCAUCGUACGCGGUCGGCGGUGCGGAAGCAAAUACAGAACAUGAUAAUCAGGUGAUCGUCGACGACGAACGGACGGAACUCUUAGAGGGAGAGGGUUGCCAGUCGGAGGUUUCUCCACAGCAAUCUGGUGGGAAUUUAAAUGAUGGACUGCCAUUCCAGGAUGCCACAAAUAGAACGCCCAAUGAGCUGAUCGAUUUACUGGAACAGGCCAUCAAAGCUCUAUGGGAGAACAUCUGGAAGCACACUCCAAAGCAGUGGACUCGCAUUCAGUGCGCCUCUCGAGAACUGACAAACCUCCUCGAGCUGCGUAGUAUCGGCCAGCUGGCAACUGUUGGAGUAACCGAAGACCAGUGGUCGGAUUUGAUGAGCGUGAUGUGCGCGCUCGAAGGGUCAUCGACAUUGCCUGCGACAGGAGGCCUGUUUUUGGCCUCAACCGGUGCCUCCCCAUCAUCUUCGAGCGAACUCGCAUGUAAUUGGGUUAGAUCUGUUCCGGGCCCUGAUCACAGUAGUCCUUUGUCGUUCACCUAUAUCGACCGGUGUGCACAAAGCGGCAAGCCACCGAAUUUCUGUUCGGGGAGGCGGCUACCACGCGCAUCCGAAGAUAUGUCGCCAACUCAUGCGUUUCUUCAUUGGUGA